CAAAAACUCUUUUGCAAGCUUGUUAGUUCAAUUAAGCUUUCUGAUUGUCAAUGGAAUCUCCACCAGAGAAGCCCAAAAUGAGUAGAGAAGUUUCAGAACUAGUUCCACUCCAUCCAAACAUGGUCCUCUCUGAAGAUCCGUUUUCAAAUCAAUCUUAUGAUCCAAAUUACCAAAGUGAGUUCCAAACUGCUCCUUCUUCGCCACCCAACAAGGGAAGUACCACUGAACUAUCUUUUCCUUUAUUGCCAAAAUUGUUGCAGCAGCCAAAGUUGAACGUAUCUAAUGUCUUUUCAGCUAGAGAUGCUGUGCCAAGUCACCACUUGCUCAAAAUUGAGUCCUUCUCUUCACUUUCAAAAGCUCCAAUAGAGAAAUACGUCUCCGAGUUUGAAGCAGGAGGCUACAAAUGGAACUUGUCUAUCUAUCCAAAUGGGGAUAAGAAUAAAGAUGGGCAAGAUCAUAUUUCUAUGUACUUGGAAAUGGUGGAAACAAGUUCCCUCCCUGCUGGUUGGGAAGUCAAUGCCAUCUUUAAUUUUUUCGUAUUCGAUCAGCUUCGAGACAAGUAUGUUGGUCCCCAAGAUGCGACAGUAAGGCGUUUCCAUUGUGUGAAGACACAGUGGGGUAUCGAAACAUUCAUCGAUCUGAAAACAUUUAACAACCCGUCCAACGGCUACCUUGUCAGCGACACCUGCAGUUUCGGCGUGGAGGUCUUCGUCGUCAAGAGUACAUCCAAAGCAGAGAGGCUAUUACCGAUAAAGAAUCCUGUGACAUUCAAGCAUGCUUGGAUGUUUGAUAGUUUUUCGAGGAAAACUCAAGAAUAUUAUGAAUCUGAUUUCUUUGUUGGUGGAGACUACAUAUGGAAAAUUGUGUUCUUUCCAAAUGGAUGCCAAUUAGAAGGUCACAAGAGAAACUACAAUAUAAUAAGUCUGGCUCUACGAUUGGAACCUUUGACCCUUCCUCCGGGCACUAAAUUGCUUGUGCAUUUCAAAUUCCGAAUAAAGGACCAAAAGAAUGGCAACCACUUUGACCGAAAUGAUAGCAAACUUUUCGGGUUCAAUUAUUUGAGGAGGGAUAUUAUUGACUUCAUGUCAUUGACCAAGUUCAAAGACCCACAAAAUGGUUUUCUGGUGAAUGACACUUGCAUUAUAGAGGCAGAGUUUGAAGUGCUUGGUUUUGUUACAGUAGAAUAGUAAAAUGUUGCCCA